AUGGGUUGCUGUUUCAGCAAGAAGACUUGUUCAUCUUCUCCAAGUGGCGGAUCUUGCUCAGAUCCGAACAAAUCCGCCAUUGAUAAACCUCCGAAACCAGAGACCGAAGCACAAGAGAAGAUCAAAAUCGAAGAAUCUAAACCAACCAAUGAAGUAGUAGAGCUACAACAAGAGGAGAACGCGAAGACAAGGAAAGAGGUGUUCGUGAUAAAACAUCGGAGAAGCCACGAAACAACAUCCAAGACGACGACAGAUCCGGAAAAUUCACCGGAGAAAUCAACCGAUUCGAAUCAGAAUCUAGUAGAUGUGGAUGCUAUAUUGAUUCAGUGCGGGAGACUAAGCCGGAGCAACUCAGCCGCCGCCGCUGCGAAAACAAGAAGAUACUCUGGAUCUAAACGGAGCUUCGACGGUGAUGCGGAGGAGGCGGAUGUUGAAGACGGCGGUGAAGAAGAAGAAGCUGAAAGACGGAUUCAUCGGAAUCGAAACCGUGGAGGAGAUUCGCCUCGGGAUCGGAGAAGACGAACACCGAGCAGAGAAAGGGAAGAUUCAAAGAGUUAUCGAUCUGGAAGUAGAGAGAGAGGAAGUGGUGGUGGUAGUAGACGGGUAAGUAGAUCUCCGGGAAGAAGAUCGGAGACAAACCCAAACCUUAAUUCCUCCGCCGUUAGUGGCGGUUCUGUGAGUUCGAGUAACAAUAAUAGACCAGCGAAAUUUGUCUCGGUUCCUGCAACGGAGAAGAGCAACAACAAUGGAGGAGAUCCAUCUAUCAAACGGAUUACAGUCAAGAGAAACGUCGGAAAAACGGCGUCUCCGAGGUCACAGUCACCGGCGAGAGCGGCUAGUCAGCCUUCGCCGUCAAAACUUAGCCGGAAAACAGAGCUUUCUCCGUACAGGAGGAACCCAUUGGGUGAGAUUGAUCCAAACUCAGUACCUCAAGGGGAGAAAUUGGGAUCUAAUUGCAACAAGAAGAUGAUGAACAGAGAAAAUGAAACUCAAGGAUUGAUCAAAGAAUCUGGAAACUUUGUUGCUCAGAAGUUGAAUCCUGUGGCGAAUACGAAUACGAAAACCGUUAGACAAGCUCCAAUCCGCAGAAGCGCAAGCCCGAAUCGCGUAAUCAUCAAAGAGCAACAACAAGAGGCAGUGGAAGAGUGUAAGAUAGUGUUGUCAUCUGGAACUGAACUCCCUAAGCCUCAAACUGUGAGCAGGAGCAGAUCGUUGAGGAAAUCCCGUGAUUUCGAUUUCAGUCCCGAAGUAUUGCUCUCGAACAACAUCGAAAACAACAAUACCGCAGCAGCAGUAUUACCGUCUUACACAGCUUUGCUUUUAGAAGACAUUCAAAAUUUCACACAGAAGAGUGUCAAUGUCAAUGUCAAUACCAUAAGUUCCAAGGCUUGUUCCAUUGUUGAAGCGGUUGUAGAUCUUAGCUCGACUACGAAGAAGAAACACGAAAGAACCGAGUUCCACAAUUUCACAUCCGUAGCAGCAGCAGCGAAGAAAGCGGAUCUAAUGGAGCCAAGUUUUGAAAAGUAUGUGACUGUUAAGAGAGGCAGUUCUUCGAUGGAGGACACGGAAGCGCAAGAAUCUUCAGGAAGCAACAGUUUCACAGGAAGUAGUGGUCUUAUGCAGCAGUCUCCUUCGUGGGAACCGAAUUCAGCAGAAUCGACAGAUCGAGUAAGUGUGAGAUCAAACAAACAAGAACGUGAUCGGAGUCCACUUGGUUUGAAUGUUGAGUUUGAUCCGUUAAAGAAGAAUGGUGUUGGAGUUGGACGCAAAAGAGUGGCUAGUGUUGAUUCAACACCGAUUCGUGUUGCUCCAGUUUCAAUGUAA